AGUCACUGCUGCACACCAUUUAUUUGGUUAAGAAAAAGGAACCCCCCCUUUUUCACUUUACAGGUUAUGGGCCCAGGGAAGGUUUGGACAUGAGCUAACGUUAGCAUCGGUAAGAAGACCGGACAAAGUUACCGCGAAGUAUAUACGUGAAACUUGUGUCAAGCUAACAAGAAAGCUAUCCGUGUACCAACCACCUGGAAAUAAGUGGACGUGUUUAGAUUCCCGGAAGAAGUGAAACGUGAGUGGCGAUAUUUGCAUGUUGUAAAUGCUAAAGAAGCAAACAACCUAGCUUAGCAAGUGAAAAGUAUUUUAGCAAGCUAGAGUGAACGUGGCGCGUCAACAACAACAAGAAGAUAAAUAUGAACUAUGGGAAACAAGAUUCCUGGGACACCUGCACAUUCGUAAGUUAAAAAGGACAAUUUUGAAUGAGCCCGCAACAGACACCAGUGAAGAGGAAUUAGCCCAAGAUGUAGCUAAAAAUGCUGACUGUUAUGCAGAGCUGAUAAGGCUGUUAGACGACAAAAGCUUAUCACUUAUCAGACAUGAUGCAGCUGAUGAUGGCAGGAAAGCCUUGAAAAUGCUCAGAGAACAUUAUUCAGGAAAAAGCAAGCCAAGAAUCAUAAACUUGUAUACCUCGUUGACCAGACUGAACAUGACAGGUAACGAGAGUGUAACAGACUAUAUGAUAAGGGCAGAAAACCUGAUUACUGCUCUGAGGGAUGCAGGUGAGACUAUGAGUGAUGGAUUGACCAUAGCAAUGGUGUUAAAUGGCCUACCUGAUUCCUUCAAGCCACUAGCCGUACAUGUAACACAAAAUGAAGAUACAGUUACAUUCACCGAUUUCAAGAGAAGGCUACGGAUUUAUGAAGAAACUGAGAGGAUGAAACUAAUAGAGUCUGCAGAUAAUGUGAUGAAAACUUGUGUGAAGCCAAGCCGAGGCUCCACUAAAAAGCACAUCAGCAACAGAAACGGUGAAGAUUCUGCUGACCUGACAUGCUACAGAUGUGGAACAAAAGGGCACAAGUCAAGAGGAUGUACCAGAAAUGUUUGGUGCAGUUACUGCAACAGCAACACGCAUCAAGAGUCCAUAUGCAGGAAAAAGAGGACUCAAGAUGGAGCGAGACAAAUCGCAGAGGGAGAGACUGGUAACCAAGAUCAACUUUUCAAAGCAGAGCACAUGAAAAAGAAGAGACUGUCAGAUAACGUGAAGAUGAAAGGCAUCAUGGUGGACGGGGGAGCUACAUCUCACAUUGUGAAUGACAUCCAGACGUUCACCAGCUUCGAUGAGUCAUUCAAGCCUGAGUCUCAUUCAGUGGAACUAGCCGACGGGACCAAGUGCAGUGGAAUAGCACAACGCAGAGGAACAGCGGUGAUCUACCUACGUGACGAUGCCGGGCGCCAGCAGACAGCGCAGCUGAGAGAGGCGUUGUACAUGCCCUCAUAUCCUCACAACAUCUUUUCGGUGGCAAGAGCAACAAAUGGAGGAGCGACUAUCACCUUCAAGAAAGGAGACAGUCACAUAGUUACCAAAGACGGCAGCAGGUUUGACAUCCAUGAGAGUGAUAACUUGUUUUAUUUGCCAACCAUUGAAAAGAAUGUUAUUGAUAAAUGUAAACAAUGUGUGAGUCAUGAUGUGCAAACUUGGCACGAGAUUUUUGGACAUUGUAACUACGAUGAUGUACAAAGAUUACAAGGUGUAGUGAAAGGUAUGGAGAUGUCACGCCCAUUCAGGUUGACAGCUGCCGGACGCCCUCUUCCUUCUCAGCCCAGACUCACAAUACUUUUCAGGCUUGGACGAUUUUGUUUCUCCAGCGUGGAACUCAUCUCCCUGACUCUAAAGUAA